AUCCAUCCAUCCAUCCAUCCAUCCAUCCAUCCAUCCAUCCAUCCAUCCAUGUCCCCACCAGGUGUAUCACCAUCACAUCACAGAAAGACGUCCAACCCAGUGAAACACGAAAGCAAAAGACCAACAAGAGACUACAGUAGAAAAGUACAGUAGCACAGCUAAUGAGCUGUCCCUCGCUGUCACUGACCGCAGUCGCGGACAAAGUGCAGUGGAUUAUGCCACCAUAGACGUGGACGCUUCCCAUCUACGCAGCCCAAGUUUUAGCGGAUUUGCCUCAAAGAGCAGCGCCUCAGCUGGAAUGACCCCAGAGCAACAGGCAGAGUUCAAGAAACAGACGCUGUUGGUCAACACGCUACAGCAGAAGGUCAAGGACCUGGAGGCCAAACUGUCGGAAGCGAAUAAUGCCAUAGGAGCCGGGGAAGAAAGAACGAACGAACUGGCGGAAAAGGAAGAGGAGCUAGGCAAGGACAUCUACGCCAACAUCGACCACAUCAACAACUCUCUGAGCGAGAAGAUCGCCAAACAGCGAGUGGAGGUGCAGAAACUGGCCGGGGACCAGCCCAAACCUAUCAACUACGACCCCUUCAACUACGGGGAGGCUUAUGGCGGUGAUCUAGUGGACUUCCAAGCCCGGAAACGCAUCAUUGAGCUGAAGCUGCUGCUGCAAGGUUUGCAGACGACCAUGACACAGAUGAAGGACUCCAUCAAGGUCAGCCCCAGCAUUGACCUUGGCUACAAGGUCGUCCGGAUGGAUCAGCUACUCGCCACCACGGGCUUCGACAAGGCUGCAAAGUCCGCAACCUUCCUGUCCUUGGAGAGUUCAGCUGUAUGGCACGAUCUCAGACUGGAACCAGUCCUGACAGGAACCCUCCCAAGCUACGCUACAUGCUCGACAAGGGUUACGAGAUCAGCGUGAACAACGAGGUGGUGGAUGUGUACCGAGUCCCCAGACCUUGUGGUGCCGCUAAUGCUGCUCGCUCACAGGGCCGGCCUCAUGGCGUGCCGGCUGAUGGGGUGACCAAACCCUAUAACGUUCCAGACGUGAUACCCGCUGUGUCACAUGUCGAGCCCGGCUCCCGACUCCCCUCCGCCCCAGGUUUUUCCAGACCUGCCCCAAUUGGAAGAAGAUGACCACAAGGCGGAAACGGAAACGGGGCAGAACGAGGAGCAGACGACAGCGGAAGCGGAAGUAGUAGAGCCGCCGCCGGCCGGGACACAGCACGAGACAGACGCCAGUGAAAACGCUCUCGUCGUGUCGGGCACAGCUCAGGAGCUGUCUAUUCGGCCGGACCAAACAAUGGCGGUGAAGAUAUCAUCCAUACGUGACCUGACGAGGAGAGACUCGAACUCCAACGCCCCAGUACUUGGGGUCAACACAAGUUUGGCGUUAGAAGAAAUGAUGCUUGAAGUUGAAGACGACGACCUUUGUCUGGAAAGUUGUUGGGGUUGCAGGGGAAAAGGGGAAGAGGCCGGGGAGCCAGGCAGAGAAGAAGAUUGAAGAAACACUGG